AUGGAAGGGAUUGAAUCUGCGUCUAGACAAGGAAGGAGGGUCGUGGUGAUCGGCGGCGGAAUCGCCGGCUCCCUCGCCGCGAAAUCGCUUCAGCUCGAUGCUGACGUCACACUCAUCGAUCCGAAGGAGUACUUUGAGAUUACAUGGGCAAGCUUGAGAUCCAUGGUGGAGCCUUCGUUUGCAGAAAGAACAGUUAUCAACCACAAGAGUUACUUGAAAAACGGCCGUGUUGUCACUUCUCCGGCGACCAAUAUCACAGAGAGCGAUGUAAUGACUGCAGAUGGGUCUGUGAUUGGAUAUGACUAUCUGGUCAUCGCUACAGGUCACAACGACUCGUUGCCCAAAACAAGGCAAGAUAAGCUCUCACAUUACCAAGCAGAAUAUGAGAAGAUCAAAUCCUCUGGAUCAGUUCUGAUUGUUGGUGGAGGCCCGUCUGGUGUGGAGCUUGCUGCGGAGAUCGCGGUUGAUUUUCCGGAGAAGAAGGUCACGCUGGUGCACAAAGGACCAAGAUUGCUUGAGUUUGUUGGGGCAAAAGCUGCUGACAAAGCAUUUGACUGGUUAGAAUCAAAGAAAGUGGAAGUGAUACUGAACCAAUCCGUGGAUUUGAAUUCAGCUUCAGACGGAAACAAAACUUAUAGGACUUCAGGAGGAGAGACUAUACACGCGGAUUGCCAUUUCCUCUGCGUCGGGAAGCCUCUGUCUUCUCAGUGGCUCAACGGAACGAAUCUGAAAGAUAGCUUGGAUGGUAAAGGAAGGGUUAUGGUCGAUGAGCACUUGCGGAUUAAGGAUCGGAAGAAUGUGUUCGCCAUUGGAGAUAUCACCAAUAUCCCGGAGAUGAAGCAAGGAUAUAUAGCGGAGAGUCAUGCAAAUGUGGUUGUGAAGAACAUAAAGGUGAUGAUGUCGGGUGGGCAAAAGAAGAAGAUGUCGACUUACAAGCCCGGACCAGAGAUUGCAAUUGUAUCUUUGGGAAGAAAAGACUCGGUGGCUCAGUUUCCGUUUGUGACAGUCGUUGGUUGCCUCCCUGGUUUGAUCAAGUCGAAGGAUCUUUUCGUGGGGAAGACGAGGAAGGCAAGAGGGCUAAAUCCUAAACUUGUUUAA